UUCCACGGCGGCCCGCAAACGAAAGAGUUUUCAAUCUGGGCGCUGCAGUCAAAUCGCGAAAGGCCCGUUCCGCGCCGACUCCGCUCGGAGCCUCCGCCAGCAGGGGCAUCAGAACUUGCAAACAUCGCGAACCUUGCUGGACAAUCCAACCAACGCCUCCCUGAACUCCGCCCCCAUCCCGCACUCGAGCCACAGUUGGCGCAGUGGCAACUCGGCACCAUGGGCGGCCAACGCCCGGCAAACGGUCACGCCGCCAGCGUCGCCCAAUCCCGGGUUCCAGUUGAGGUCCAGCACCUGCAGAACGCACAGCUGCGGCAGCACCCCAGCGAGGGCCUCCGCAGUUUCCGCACCGAGGCCGCACUUGCGAAGCCUCAGCUCGCGCAUCGGCGCCACGGAGCCAGGCACUGCCAGCGACCUGCAGACGGCCGCGCCGCCAGCGUCGCUCAGGCCAGGAUUGCUGCCGAGGUCCAGCAUCUCCAGGCCGCGCGCCUGCGACAGCAGCCUGGACAGGGCCUCCGCGGCACCCGCACCCAGGCUGCAGUUCCUUAAAUACAGCUCGCGCAAGGUCACCCCUGCACCCUGCGCGGAAAGCCCCCGACAGACCGCCGCGCCGCCGGCGUCGCCCAGGCCCCUGUUGUCCUCGAGCCGCAGCACCUGCAGGUCGCGCAGCUGCGGCAACGACUCGCCCAGGGCGGUCGCAGCCUCAGAACCCAGGCUGCCCCUGUGAAGCCUCAGUUCGCGCAUCGGCGCCUGGGCGCCCAGCGCCCGGCAGACGGCCGCGACCCCAGCGUCGCCUAUGCCGCUGCUGUUGCCAAGGCUCAGCAUCUGCAGAUCGCGCAGCUGCAGCAGCGACUUGGCCAGGGCAACUGCGGCCGCCGCGCCCAGCCCGCAAGUGCCGAGAACCAGCUCGCGAAGGGGGAACGGAGCAUCCAGCGCACGACAAAUGGCCUCACCGCCCGCGUCGCCAAAGCCCUUGUUUCCACUGAGCCGCAAAACCUCCAAACCGCGCAAUUGCGGUAGCAGCCGGGACAAGGCCCCCGCGGCCUCCAGGCCCAGCUCGGACCCUGCCAAACGCAAGACACGAAGCUGAGACAGGGAACUCAUUUCGGAGAGGUUCUUCAACAUGGCAGCUCCGCCAACAUCGCCGACAGGGUUUGUGGUAACGGAAAGUACCUCCAAACUGCUACAACCGAUCAGACACUGCCCCAACGCCUCUGCUUGCUUGCCGUUCAAACCACACUUGUUGAUCUCGAUGGCCCGGAUGCUUUGCAGCUGCAGCUGGCGGGAUAUCACGUGCAAGAGGGCAUCCCGCGCACAGUCCAGGGCCUCUGAUUUCAGCAGCUCCACCAGACGGCUGGUGGCGGUGCUGUCCGUUGUGGCAACCUGGAACGUCAUUAUCAACGUCCUGCGUGCUUCGAGCUCAGCUCCCAACAAGUCCACACUAGAACAGGUAGUCUCGAGCGACGUCAACUGACCACCUCACCGAUCGUGGCUGGGCCCAUGGUCUUGGUUCGGUGCAUAAGCCCUCUUUGCUUGGGCACGGAGGCCUCUAGUCACACCGAUCCUGAGCCCAAGAUCGAACGAGCCAGGAUCGGUGAGGCGAUCCGUUGGCGUCGCCCGAGUAGUGCGCACCAAUUCCGCUCCUUCCAAGCCCCUCCACCGCACUAACUUGGAGCCGGCUGACAAAUCCCCGCAGAGGUCGUGCAGGACGCCGGAGCCGAGCGCGAAAAGACCGCCAGAGCGCGCUGCGAUCCCGAGGACGCGCUGGAGUGAAUCGAUGCUGCCCAGGUCGUCCGUGCCUGUCCAUCCUGCCUGUGAGACCUGCUGCAAAGUCACGAUGACAUCCACCGUGGAGAGCUCGAACUCCUGGAGCGCGAGAGCCAUGUCAACCGCCAAGCUGUAGGCGCGCUUCGCAACCGAUCUGUCGUUGCUGCUGCCCUGCUUUGCGAGCUCCUGCGCCGCCCACUCGAACACUGAGCCAGAUGCGAGGCGGACGCUCUCCUUCAAGGUCAACGCCUCUGCCACGCAAUUCUGAAAGAACUCGUCAUUCGUGAAUCGCUCUGCCGGAUGGUCAGUAUGCACUCCCGCCUCCAACAGUUUUGGGAUCACAUCCUCGAUUGUCGUCAUCAGCACGACCGCUUCUUGGUCAAGGCCGACUCCUGAAAACCGAGAGGUUCGCCUGCUGGGAUGGCCGCCGAUCGCAACGUUGCACUCCGAAUUGAACGUUGCGUUGCAAACCACAUUCCGCGCCGCUGCGGCGGUGGUCUGCUUGACAUUCAAAUGCUCGAAGACCCUGAAAAACUGCCUCUCCAGAAUGGUCCUCCAGAGGCUCCCUCCCACGAAGCUUAGGCACUCGCGCUUCAGACCACUGCACAUACUGACCAACAGCUCCUUCCUUCUCGAGAGUACCUUGUCCAUGGUUGUGUUCGUCAAGUUAAUGUUCGGUCGAGCCUUCACGACCAGAGCAGGGCCAUCAAUGGCAGUGUCCAUAACCUGCAAGCUUGUGAGUGGACCGAAACAGACUUCCUUCUCCCCGGGGUAUUGCGACAACUCGCUGAGAUCCGCACCCCUAUCGAUCAUCCCCAUCUCCAACUCCAUGACGAUGGCGACUCCUGUGCCAGCAUACUGCUGCGCAACGCUACGGUCCCGCGUGGUGCUCAUGAAACCACACUCUACAGCGCCACGCACACCGAACUCAUCCUCUUCCAAGAGUGCUUUGGGGAACACUCCACCAGCGAAACCCCUGUACACGGCACCCGCAGGCGUGAACUUGCUGAGCUUGAUGAUGGCUGAACUGAUUGCGUGUAUCGUGUUGGUGUACAUGUUCUGGCAGCACAGCGUUUCGAACUUGACCUUCAGGAAUGACGGCUGCGAGCUAGCCAUGUUUGCGGCGCCACCUCUGAGGACGGUAUUGUACUUCUCGAACAUUGGUCCCGUGUAGAGCCGAGCGCCGAUGAACUCUUCCUGGAUCAGCUCGAGCUCGUUUAUGCUCUGCAAUCGGGCGUUAAUAAUUCUGGAAGAUCUGAUCGACCUCCUGCUGCGAAGAGGGCUGCCGGGGUCGCCCGCACUUGGCGGGGGCCUCGGCGGGCCACGCGCCCGGAAGCCCCAGGUUCACGGUUCUGCCAGAGGCCAGGGUCACCGGAUCAGGUGGGGGGCUGCUCUCGUUCAGCAAGACAUAAAGCCACUCAAUGGCGGAACUCGUCCGCACCCCGUAGUUUCCAGUCGUGAACGGCAUGUGCGAAUCCUUCGAGCCGCAGUGCUCGUGCUCCAUGGCCUCCCUCACUUUGACGUCUGGGACGCCGACCAUCUCUUCGAGCCCCUCGAAAAAAUGGCGUAGGGACGCGAAGGUCAUCGUGAACUUCGCGUCCGCCUCAAACUUGGUAUGCAGUCCCGCUCCGGUUGCACUCUCUGCGUGGGCCAGGGCCUGGAGUCCGCCCCAAACCUGAUCUACCAUGUGACCUUGGAGGUCGCUAGAACCAAAGAGCAACUCGCGGACUACGUCUUUCGACCCGCGCAGACCCACGGCUCUGCAAAACGCCAAAUCCCAACAUUCACCCUCCUGAGUACGCAUCUUCACUGGGCGCAGCAAGGCAUCGGCGAUCGUGUUCAACAGGCCGAGCGACUGGACAAACUUAUCCGCCUGCCAAGCCUUGGCAUCCACCCCAAAAUUCUUCUCCUCACGGAAUGUCUUCGCCUUCCCCACGCAGUCCGCAAUGACCUUUGCCAACUCGGCGUCGUCCCACGCAGUAUCCAUCACCUCGGCGAAUGCGGCAUCGGCUAGAGACUCAGAGGCCUUGCUUCGGUCCAUCUCAGGCGCACCAGGGUCCACGCUGGCCGUCUUCGUCUCCUCCGCCAGAGCCCCCUGCAGCUCAAUAGCCCUACUUCUCGGCUUUUCGGCGUCCUGAGGUUUCGACUUAGCAGCCCUCCUUCGCUCCAUCUCCGCCGCCCCCACUACCAUGCGGACCCUCCUCUCCUCCGCCAGGGCCCCCUGCAGCUCAACGACCCUCCUCCUCUGCUCCUCCAGCGCCCGGGUGGCCGCCUCCCUCUCCUUUGCCGCCAGGGCCCUCUGCAGCUCGGCGGCCUCUCUCCGCUCCUCCUCGAGCGCCCAUCUCGCCUUCAUCAUCCCCCUCGCCAGGGCCUCGUGAAACCUGGCGGCUUCCCUCUCGAGGUGCUCCAGAGCCCGUGAAACCUCCGCCUGCGCCUCGGCCGCCAGCCUCCUCCCCUGCCCGACGGCGUCCGCGGCCCUCCUCCCGGCCUCCUCGGCCGCCCGCAUGGCCUCCGCGGCCUCCCUCCGAUCUCGCGUGCCUUCCUCACCCUCCUCGCGCGUCGUCGCGAGCGACUCUGGGCGCCGCCGCUGUCGCGCGCAGACCAGCUCGGCAAGCCGGCCCAGGGCAUCAAGACUGUGGUAGUGGUCCAGGGGAAGCAGGAGCGUGCACAACCGACUCACCGUCAUUCCCGCGUCCCCGGCACUCGCCCACUCCUGCCGCAGCUCGUCGUCGGUGACAAGAUCGCCCCUCACAGCGUGCAUGACUUCUACGAAAGACUCCCAGUCCAAACAUCCAGGCUCAAGGCAACCCAACAAACUACCGACCGUCGUGUGCCGCUGGCGCUCCGUCGUAUCUCCGACGACGAUGUCGUCAAACAGAGAAGACAUUCCCUCGGGCAUGGGUAUCGCCGCUUUCGCCCCUGGCGUCACCGCUGCAGGGGGUGCACUAUCAUUGCUGGCCUCACCACCCCAACUGCGGGAACUUCGAGCAGCCGAGAGCACGGGGAGACGCUGUCCAAAACUGAUCAAGGACACUGCCUCGCGCCGCAUGAACAGACCGUGACCGGGCUUACAAUCGAAAUACCUCGUCCCCUGCACGGAGCCGUCGUUCUUGCCUUCGGGCUCGCUGAGUUCCACGCCCACCCAAUCGCCGUUCGCGAAGCGUGUCUUGCCCACGAAUCUCACCACGGCAGCGCGGCACCUUUUGUCACGAAACGCGGGCGUGGAAACCAAGUCUCCGACGCGUAUCACGGAGACCCCCGCGGGCGGAGAACUCGCCUUCUCCGGUUCGCAGGCGGGAGGCAUGGCAGAAACCGGGGAGAGCUGGCGUGUGCUGUGCCAUUAUUGCUACGGACCUCUCUUGUAGCACGGGUAUCAGCCUGCAAGCUGUUCGACUGCCCCACAGGUGAUAAGCGAGGGAAACCUGCGGGGCAAAUCCUGCAUGUCAACGCGACCCAGGCAGGACGAAGAGGGGCAAUGAUGAUAAGAAACAGGGUAU